GGGUGCCCUACACUAGGGUCCCUCUCUCCCUAAAUCCAGAUGAACAAGUUUAUCUUACUUAUGGGUCUUUAUCUGCUUGGAUCCGCCAGAGGAGCAUCAGGUCAGCCUGAUGAGCCUCCUGGCUCUAUGGACCAUCAGUCUUCGAUUCAUCAACUUUCAGGUGAAUACUUCCCACUUGGAAACCCUUCUGAUGCCGAGGCUUUAUAUGAGACAUCAGGCGAGAACGCGUUAAUUGAGCAUGGUUCCAGUGAGCAUGGCACAAGUGAGCACACUUCUGGUGACCAGCCUUCAGGAGACCAGCCCUCAGGUGAAAAAUCUGCAGCAGAAAAGCCUUCGGGUGAACACACUUCAACUGAACAGCCUUCAGGUGAACACGGUUCGGGUGAACAGGCCGUCACUUCAGGUGAACACACUUCAGGUGAACCGUCCGCUGCUCCAGGUGAACAUGGUUCGGGUGAACAGUCCGCGGCUUCAGGUGAACGUGGUUCGGGUGAACAGGCCGUCACUUCAGGUGAACACGCCUCAGAUGAACAGGCUGCUGCUUCAGGUGAACACGGUUCGGGUGAACAAGCCGCCACUUCAGCUGAACAUGGUUCGGGUGAACAGGCCGUCACUUCAGGUGAACAUGGUUCGGGUGAACAGGCCGCCACUUCAGGUGAACACGGUUCAGGUGAACAGGCCGUCGUCACUUCAGGUGAACACGGUUCGGGUGAACAGGCUGCUGCUUCGGGUGAACAGGCUUCAGCUGAAAAGCCCACGAUGGAACAGCCUUCAAGUGCACCAAGUGCAAGCACAUCCUCAGGUGCAGUAAAUUGCCACACGUGUGCUUUCAUGAAUGAUCAAGGAAAAUGUCUUCGUGGAGAGGGAGUCUGCACCAUUGAGAAUUCCCAGCAGUGUAUGCUAAAGAAGAUCUUUGAAGGUGGAAAACUCCAAUUCAUGGUUCAAGGGUGUGAGAACUUGUGCCCAUCUAUGAACCUCUUCUCCCACGGAACCAGGAUGCAAAUUGUAUGCUGCCGGAAUCAAUCUUUCUGCAACAAGGUCUAGAAGCCUAUGCCCUUGUUGCUUGCUCUGACUCAGGCAGCACAAGGCCUUCAUCGCCCUAGUCAGCUCAUUUAUAUUUUGUUUCUUCCUCAGUCAACAGAUAAUCACAUCUCUCUCUGCCUGAGCAUCAGACAGGAUGGUUCCAAAUACCUUUCCUUUCCCAUUCUUCUCUGUCCUGUCUUCCCUACUCCCCCUCUCACAAUACUGGAUUUACUUUUUAAAUAAAUUCUACAUGAUUAAG